AUGUUGGGCCCAAAAUCACUCCUCUUUUCAGUGCUCCUUCCAGUUUCCGUGCUCAGUUACAUCCUCCCCAGGAAUGAAGCUCCCCCAGUGGACCCAGGCGAGGAGUAUGGAUCGGUAUACAUUAAGAAUUCCUGCGGCUCCGACCUCUACGCCUAUUCAGUUGGUGCAUGGCUUGAAGGCUCCGACCACUCGAACGACGAGUUCACUAUUCCGGCCGGCGGUACCUACCACGAAGCAUACCGCGUUGUGGUGCCCAAGGAGGGAGUGGGUAUGGACUCCACGCUGAAGAAAAUGCCGGGCCAGGGAAUCUCUAUCAAGAUAUCCAACGUCACAGGGGAUCUCUCGAAUAUCCUACAGCUUGAAUACUCGCUCGUGCAGAAUCCCCUUCGCGAUAAAUUCAGGAGACUGGAUUACGAUAUUAGUCUCCUAGACUGCGCAAAGCCGCCCGCCGAUCAUGCGAAUAUGACUGAUGUGCAGUCGAGCCAAGAGUUAGAGUGGAAUCAGAAGAAGAUUGAUGGAUGCCCAGGGUAUCAAGGGGGAGUGGCUCUGUGGUUCACCGACUCGAAGAAAUGCCGCCCCAUCUAUUGCGACGGGCAGAGCUAUUGCGACGGAAUCUACAAUUACGACAAAACCAGAGAGGGAGAGAUGAGUUUGGCGUGCCAUGAAGAGUAUCGCGGGGAUCUGUACUUUGAGGUUUGCGUUGGGAACGGGAAUGGGUCAGUCCACCUACAUGGUAGAGAUUGCAUCCGCAAGCACAACACUGACAUAGAGCAGGACUGCAUAUUCAGCCUACGAGGAAUGGGCAUCUACCGGUACUAA